AUGUCAGUAUAUUUUAGCAAAUGGAAGAGCGAAUCCAGGGCUCCCAUUCAGCCCGUCCGGGAAAGUAGACCAUAUAUGCAACGAUCCUCAGCAGCAAGUACCCUGUAUCAUAAAAGUUCAAUGAUCCAUUCUGUUGAAGACACAAUGCGCUGUUUCCGAUCUGGUGAUUCAUUCACCGUGACAGUCAUAUCGGCCAUAUCGGCCGUCACCCUCUGUGUGGCAGCCAGCAUAUUGAAGUCCACACCUUGA